AAACCCAGACCACAACCACUCGUAGUCAAACCCUAUAUUUGAUGCACCCAAUGGCUGCUUUGAUCUCUCUUGCACUUUUCUUCCUGGUCUUGUGUGAUGGGUCUGUAGCCCAAUUCGACCGUGGCCCACUGCAGCCGCAGCAGCAGCAGCAGCAACAGCAACAACAGCGAUUCCGCAGGCAGAGCGAAUGCCGGGUCGAGAGCCUGAGCGCGCUCGAGCCCAACAGGCGGUACGAGUCUGAAGCUGGGGUAACGGAGCAGUGGGACCAGAACAAUGAGCAGUUGGAGUGUGCCGGUGUGGCCGCCACUCGCCACACGAUUGCACCUAGGGGCCUUCUCUUGCCUUCCUUUGAUAAUGCGCCACGGCUUAUCUACGUCGUCCAAGGUAGGGGCAUCACUGGAGCAAUCAUCCCUGGCUGCCCUGAGUCCUUCCAAUCCUUCCAACAAUCAGAGCAACGUGAAGGAGGGCAGGGCCAGCGCCAGAGACAGAGAGAUCAGCAUCAGAAGAUCCAGCACUUCCGACAGGGCGACGUCAUUGCUAUCCCAGCUGGUGUGGCCCACUGGACCUACAACGAUGGGGAGACCCCGGUCGUCUUGGUCAGUGUCCUAGAUACUAGUAACUAUGCUAACCAGCUCGAUCAAAACCACAGGAGAUUCCGCCUUGCUGGGGGCCAACAACAACAAUCCAGUCGGUCCUACCAACAGCAGCAGGCCCGCGAACAAGGCCCAAGCGACAACAUUUUCAAUGGCUUCAAUGUAGAGACCCUCGCAGAGGCUUUUGGUGUGAGCAGGGAGACGGCGAGGAAGCUGCAGAGUCAAGACGACAACAGGGGCAGUAUUGUCCGAGUCGAAAAUGGUCUUCAGGUGGUAAGGCCCCCAAGGAGAGAGGAGGAUGAGGAGCAAGAACAGUUUCGCCUUAAUGGAUUGGAAGAGACCCAAUGCUCAGCAAAACUCACAUAUAACAUUGCGGACCCCACCCGUGCUGACGUGUACAAUCCUCAAGCUGGCCGCAUCACUAGCCUCAACAGCCAGAAAUUCCCCAUCCUCAAUGUCCUCCAACUGAGUGCUGAAAGAGGGAUCCUCUAUAGGAAUGCACUCCUAGCACCUCACUGGAACGUGAACGCCCACAGCGUGGUGUAUGCAACCCGCGGCAAUGGACGGGUCCAGAUUGUUGGUGAGCAAGGGCGGCCUGUCUUUGACGGUGAGCUUCGGGAGGGUCAGCUUGUGGUUGUCCCACAGAGCUUCGCGGUAGUGAAGAAGGCUGGGAACGAGGGGUUCGAGUACGUUGCCUUCAAGACCAACGACAAUGCAAUGAACAGCCCGCUCGUCGGGAAGACGUCAGUGAUUCGUGCCAUGCCCGAAGAUGUCCUCAUGAAUUCAUAUAGAAUCUCCAGGGAGGAAGCAAGGAGACUGAAGUACAACAGGGAGGAGAUUGCCGUCUUCGCUCCAAGGUUUCAGUCCCAAGAAAGGGCGGCUGCGUUAUUUUAGUAGAUAAAAACCAGAAGCAGGUUUUUGUUAGUGAGGGUAGAUUAGGAAUAAAAAAAGCCUUAUGAGCUUGGAAGUUGGCUAACUAGCUUAUAUAUAUAAAUAUAAAUAAAAUAUAUAGUAGGAUAUAUAAUAAAACAUGUAUGGGAUGAUCUGUUAACACUUACAUAUAUAAAAUGUCUCUCCUUAUACAA